UUAUAGACCCAACAACAUUACCAGAUAAUGCAUUCAGAUUUUGCAUUAUGCAUGUGAUGCCGUUGCAUUCCAGGUUUUGUCUAGCACAGUCACGGUUUGAUUGCAUAAUUUCCCUUCAGGGAUCAAUAAAAAAUGUCUCUCCAUCUAUACCACUGUAGAAAUCACCUUGACAUCACCCUUACUUUCCAAACUGCGUGCAUCUUUGCAUUCCAACAUUGAUGUAAACCAAGUGAGGAAGAUUUCAUUACCACUGUAGCCGUGGUGAGGAUGAAGGGGUUAUAGAGGCAGCAAUAGUGUUUGUAAACCUGAAGUGCUAUAUUCUCUGGAGAGCACCACGCUGAGGUUGUUAUUGCAUCAAGUUGCAGGCAGGUGCCCAAGGCUGGCCCUUAAAUGAAUGAGCCCAUGGGCAAUCAAUGGACGAUAAGCUAAUAGCACAAGGCUAAUAGUUUCCGUAAAAGUGCAUUGAAUAGUAAAGGCUUUUAUUAGACUUCUUUAACUGGACGUUUUAUUAUUAUUUGUGUGGUUUCCGUUGCAUGUGGUAGAAUUUAAAGUGGAAAGAACAGGUUGUGUUGGAUGAGGGAGGUACACUUGUGCACCUGUGUGCGGCUGUGACUAAUUACCUUGUAUGUGUGAGAGUCUCCUGUCCCCCUCUCAGGAGGAAAAAUGUCAUUUGGAUGGAGAGAAGAGCGUGUGUUUCGCUGCUUUGUCACUGGGGCCGGCGUGGGGGCACGGCAGGGGCGCUGGACAAUUACCACAACUCAGACGGCAUCACCUCAAUCAGAUGUGGCCCGGAGCUUUGCGCUUUCCCCUUGCUUCUAUUUGUGGGCUGUGGCAGGGAAAGGUAAUAACUGCUAGAAGGGCAUUGUGUUGGCUAUUAUGUGGGUUGUUGUCUUCCUGGUGUCCUCUGGAGGAGGAAAAGAGUGAACAUGUUUGUGUGCCUGCUUUUGAAACCAUAGAUUUAUCCUUGACCCAGAUUUGCCCUGACUCCUACCUGAUUUGAUCUCCCCACAGGUGAAAGUUAUAAGAAACGAUGUCGAUACAUCUUGGAUGGCUUGAUGAUAUGAGAGAAUUUUUAUAUUUGGCUGAACACCAAUCCUGUUGACGAAAGCGGUUCAGUAUGCUGUGCUGCCACCUUGAGGUCAUUAUUCGCUAUCGCGCAUAUGAUUUCUGAGAUCUGAGCAGUGAGGAAACAGAAGACGUAACGGUGACGGUGGAGAGACGCGACACAGGCAGUGGCUCCCUUAUUAAUAACAUCAACCAUCUCUUCAAUCAUUUACAAGGACGACAAAAACAUCUCACAUCAACCGACAUGCAACGUCGUGUGCUAGGUUGAAGAAGACGUACAAUGGAUGGUCCAGCAGUAAAUACAAACUAUACACAUCCAGCACCGCAGUCAUGGGCCGGAGAAAACCACAUGACCCCGAGCAUUUCUCCAGCCAGCUGGAAACCUAAUGCAACCUGUCCGCCUCCUUCAAAUCUAUACCCACAUUUCAACCCAACACAUCAGAGCACAGAAGUGAGCUUGGCCCCGAUGACCCACACACCCGUAACCUGCUCAGGUGGUCUGCCUCAGUCGCUGUACUGGGACAUCUCACAGCAAAGCUCCCAGGGUGUAUUUAACCCUGCUCCUGAUCUUUCAAAUAUGAAGGCUCAGGAAAUGCCACAGGGAAGCUACUCAUUACCAACGAGUCCUACAUCAAAUUCUAAGUCGGAGUCUCGAUACGGUCUGGAUCCUCGGCUUCUACCCAGUGUGGUGCAGGUGAUCAAAGAGGACAGGGUCCAGUGGGAAGGGAAAGUGUUUGUUUCCAAGUCCAAAUCCUCCGUUCCCCCUCUCUCCUCAACACGAUGCACCCUGGAGGACAGAGGUAAUGCCACGGCUAGAUUUCUCCGCUGCACCUCCUAUAUCUUCCCUGUAGAUGCUCAAUCAGCUCAGAAGAGCCACCUGCCUCUGGGUGCAACUUUGUGUCCUCUGGCAACACCUGAGAGAGGAGAGCUUGCUGUGCCUGUUUGUGAAGCAGGGGAUUGUGUUAAGGGCUGCAGACACUGUGGGGCUUUUAUGAGCCCGGCUAUGAUCUGGCAGGAUUGUGGGCAAAGAUUCUACUGUCCCUUCUGCGACAAACUUAAUGACGUGCCGUGGCAGUCCUAUCAGCCCACCAGUCAGGGUCGCCGUGUCGACUGGGAAAGAAAACCUGAGCUCAGUCUCGGUUCAUAUGAAAUUCAGGAGAAACAGACGGCCAAUGCUGCUGUGUUGCUGUUGGCGAUAGAUGUUUCUGCCUGCGCGAUGAGGACAGGGCAUCUAAAACACAUAUGUCAGCAGAUUUGUUCCCAAUUACAGAUUUUACAAGAGGCCGGAGGAGCUGACCAAUCAGAUCUUCGAGUUGGUUUGAUGACCUAUGACAGCCGGAUUCACCUGUAUAACCUGAGCCCAGCUCUAUCUCGUCCCCACAUGAUGGUCAUCACUGACUGUGAGGAGAUUGAACUUCCUGUGAUGGAUGGUCUUCUGGUGCCACUGAAAGACUGCAGACACAUAGCUGAGAGAGUUUUACAGGAAAUUGCAUGUUUUAACCCUGAAUCAGAAGAAAGAUCCAGCUCUCAAGAUCUACCAGUUUGUGCUGCACUAAAAAUUCUUCAGGCUGCGGACUCUCCGGGAAAGUUACUGAUCUUUCAUAUUUCACCUCUUACUGAAAGCACAGAUCCAAAAAGCUCCCCUGGAUUUUUCAAUUCUAGUAAAGUGAAGUCCAUCUUUCAAGCACCAGACUGUUCCAUCUCAUUGGCUAAAAAGUGCGUCAAUCAGGGAUGCAGCGUGUAUACUUUUGUGUUCUCCCAUCAAGAAGUGGGUGGAGCAUGGCCAGGGCACAUACCCUUUCUCACAGGGGGACGGCUCAUGUGCUAUAAAAGUCUGCAGUCUGAGAUGGAACUGCAACACUUCCAAGCUGAUCUAAGCAGAUGUGUAAACAUGCAGAUGGCCUUCAAAGCUCAGCUGAAAGUCUUUGUCAGUAAAGAGAUGCGUGUAUCUGGUUGCUAUGGCGCCUUCAUCGCCGGUCCUGACUCCAGCCGUGUUGCCAUGGCAGCGCUUGAUUGGCGCACAGCUAUGGCAUUUGAGUUCACUCAUAAUAAAUCUUUAGAUGAGACGAGGGGUGUAGCAAUACAGUUUGUUUUGUCAUACAGUACCUCCUCCGGUGAGAACAGAAGGCGGAUACACACCGUUACUCUGCCUUGUUCCCAUCAGCUGCUCGACACCUUCAGAAGCAGCCAGGCUGAGACUCUCCUUACAUUUUACUGCAAAAAAAUGUAUACAUUAGCAUUGGAGAGUCCACUGCAGUCCUUGCGUGAGGAUUUACAAACAGAAGUUACUGAGAUGUUAGCCUCCUUUAGGAAACACAACUGUACUACAUCUGCGUCCCCAGGACAGCUGGUGUUACCACAGUUUCUGAAAGUACUUCCUGUCUACAUCAACAGUCUGCGCAAGAGUGAAGUGCUGCUGCCCGGGCUGCGUAGUUCUGUACAUCAACGUCUACAACUGCGUAGCCUCAUUGUCUCCAUGGACACACUGAGCAUUGCUUCUCAGAUCUACCCACUUAUUUUGCCUUUGCCUGUCUCUGCCGGUAAUGCCAAUAUGCCAUCAGUAGAAGAAACAGUACGAUGCACAGUCUCUAGUCUAGAUCCAGGGGGUCUGUAUCUGAUCUACUGCCCGCUGGCGCUGCUUAUUUGGGUGGGCAGCCGUGUGCCUCCUCACACGCUUCUGCAACUUUUCAACACCAACUCCUUUUCCAACCUCACAUCUGGCGAGAUCAAGCUGCCAGUUCUCGAGAACUUCCUCUCCAUCAGCACCAGAGCUCUCAUAUGCUCUCUCCAGUCCUCGGCAGCUGUUACUCUGCAGCUCAAAAUGGUGAAGGAAGGUGACAGCUGUGAUGAGUCUCUGCAGCACCUCCUGGUGGAGGACAAGAGUCCUAACGGUGGAGCCUCAUAUGCUGACUUUCUUUUUCACCUUCAUGUUAAUUCAUUGCGUCUUAUUGUGUAAUGGUCUCUUAUGCGGUUUGAUUGGCUUUGUGGAGCUCUUUUUAUAAAAUCAGUCGCCCUGUAGACAUACCAACCAGCAGCAAGUUGUGAAUCUUGUAUAGAUUCUGCAAGGUUUUUUAAUAAAAAUGUACUUCUUGAAUACUUUAAGACUUAAAAGAUCAAAACGUAGUAGUUAUAAAUAUAAUAAACAGUUCAAGAUCUCUACUGGGCGGCCGAAGAAAAUACCCAAUUAGUCUUUAAAUAUACAAGGGCUCAAAAUUCUUGCAAGUACUCCCAUAAAUGAUCAAUGAUUUUCUGUUUUCAGUGUGUUUGGUUUUGAAUAUGGUUGAAUAUUUGUUUCUGAGUCAUGAAUUUUCUACUUUAAAUAUAAUUUGUACUUUGGGCAUUGCUGACAGUGUGUGAAUGUUUUAAGCAAUAAUAGUUUAAUUGAAUUCUGUCUCAGUAUUAAAAGAGUGCUGAUAUUUUAAUGGGCUAUUCACAUUUGAAUACAUAUUACAAAUCUGCCAUUUACU